AUGGCCUCGUCCGAUUUCUUUUCUGAACCUUUUACUGUGAACAGUAAGAACGUCGUCUAUACUGACGAUGAAAUCACGUCGCAGUACACGUACACUACAACGCGUGUGGAGGGGACUGUGGCUACACCCCUGGAAGAGAAGUAUACGUUCAAGACGCAGCGUAAAGUGCCAAAACUCGGUGUCAUGAUUGUGGGUCUGGGAGGCAACAACGGCUCGACGCUGGUGGCUAGCAUCCUCGCCAACAAGCACCACAUCACGUGGACUACUAAGGAGGGUGUGCAAGAGCCUAACUACUUUGGUUCCGUCACCCAGGCCUCUACUGUUCGUCUUGGCACGAACGCCAAUGGUGAGGGCGUAUACAUUCCGUUCCACAACCUGUUGCCGAUGGUGUCGCCCAAUGACUUGGUCAUCGGUGGAUGGGACAUUUCAUCCCACAAUCUAGCUGAGGCUAUGAAGCGUGCCCAGGUGCUCGACCACGACCUGCAGCGCCAGCUGGUGCCGUAUUUGGAAAAGAUCAAGCCAUUGCCAUCCAUUUACUACCCAGACUUCAUCGCUGCCAACCAGGCUGACCGCGCGAACAAUUUACUUAAGGGCUCCAAGCAGGAGAACCUCGAUGAUGUGCGCAAACAGAUCCGUGAUUUUAAGCAGAGCAACAACCUGGAUAAGGUCAUUGUACUGUGGUCUGCUAACACAGAGCGGUUUUCCGACAUAGUGGAGGGGGUGAACGACACGUCGGCCAAUCUGCUCGAGUCCAUUAAGGCCGGUGAGGAGGAGGUGUCGCCUUCCACUAUCUUCGCUGUGGCCUCAAUUCUUGAGGGAUGCUCGUACAUUAAUGGCAGUCCACAGAACACUUUCGUGCCCGGUGUGCUAGACUUGGCUGAAGAGAAAAAGGUGUUCGUGGGUGGUGACGAUUUCAAGUCGGGCCAGACCAAGAUGAAGUCUGUACUUGUGGACUUUCUCGUGUCAGCUGGUAUCAAGCCCACGUCUAUCGUGAGCUACAAUCACUUGGGAAACAAUGAUGGCAAGAACCUGUCGGCUCCGCAGCAGUUUCGCUCGAAGGAGAUUUCCAAGUCGAACGUCGUGGACGACAUGGUGGCCUCCAACCGUCUGCUGUACAAGGAGAACGAGCACCCGGACCACGUUGUGGUGAUUAAGUACGUGCCGCAUGUGGGCGACAGCAAGCGUGCACUGGACGAGUAUACGUCCAAGAUCUUUAUGAAUGGCAAUAACACCAUUUCGAUGCACAACACGUGCGAGGACUCGCUGCUGGCUUCGCCGUUGAUUCUGGACCUGGUUCUCGUUUGCGAGCUCGCUGAGCGCAUAACGAUCAAGAAGGAAGGCACCUCAGACUUCGAGCACUUGCACUCGAUCCUGUCGAUUCUCAGCUACAUGCUCAAGGCACCACUCGUCCCACGUGGCACUCCCGUGGUGAACGCGCUCUUUGCGCAGCGUGAGUGUAUGAUUAAUCUCUUCCGCGCUUGCGUCGGCCUUGCGCCUGAAAGCCACAUGCUGCUGGAGAACAAGUUGGCCAGCGAGAUCAACGCGCGCCAGUAA